UGCUUCUCCUCUUGCAUAGUUUUACAAGAAGUGAAAGCUAGCUAGGUAUCCUGGUGGUUAGAAAAUGGCGACAGCAGCAUCAUCCAUCACCGCAGUUCAGGUCGACAACCUUCACUUCCCACCUCUUCUUUCCUCAUCUGUCUCCGCCAAGACCUAUUUCCUUGGAGGCGCAGGGGUGAGAGGAUUAAUGAUUGAGGGAAGCUUCAUAAAGUUCACGGGCUUAGGAGUGUACUUGGAGGAUAAAGCCGUGGCAUCACUUGCCACUAAGUGGAAGAGCAAGGAUUCAGAAGGGUUGGUGGAAACCCUAGACUUCUUCAGAGAUAUCAUUUCAGGUGGGUUUGAAAAGAUGAUAAGAUGUUCGUAUAUAAGAGAAUUGAGUGGGCGAGAGUACUCGAGGAAGGUGAUGGAAAACUGCGUGGCACACAUGAAGUCUGUGGGGACAUACGGAGAAGCCGAAGCUGCAGCCAUUGAAAGGUUUGCGGAAGCCUUCAAGAGUGUGAAUUUUCCACCUGGGGCUUCUGUUUUCUUCAGGCAAUCACCUGAUGGCAUAUUAGGCCUCAGUUUCUCUCAAGAUGAGACAUUACCAGCAAAUGAAGAUGCAGUUAUAGAGAACAAGGCCUUAUCAGAGGCAGUGUUGGAGACCAUGAUCGGGGAACAUCCUGUUUCCCCCGCUUUAAAGCACAGUUUGGCUUCAAGAUUGCCUGCCUUAUUCAACCAUGGCUUUAUUGUAAUAUAAUAUGUCACAUCACUUCUUUUUCUCCUUUUGGAGUUAAUCACUUAUAUACUGUUAGUAUAAAGUUUUUUUAUACUGACAAUCAAUUAUAUCUCUUAACUGUGUCAUGUUACUAAUGUGUUUAUAAUGAUAUGACACAAUUAAAAGAUUUAAUUAUUUGUCAGUGUAAAAAAACUUGACACCGCUAGUAUAUGGGUGAUUACCUCUUUCUGGCUUCCCGCUCAUGCAUUUCUACUGCUUUCAUUGUUCUCAAAUAAAACCCAACGCUCCCUUCGGCAUUAGGGUUUAGGAUAAUAAUUCUAAUGAAUAAUAAUAUUUAGUUUCAGAAUUCAUACUACGUUUGUAACUUUU